UUUGAACUACCUUACAAUUCAAAUAAUUUGUUUUGUAGAAUCGUUAAAUUGGAACGAUUGAAAAAAAAAUCAAAACAAAUGUGCAAAAAAUCAUUGAGAAGAUCUCGAUCGCAACGCUGUAAAUUCAAAUAUAUGCUUUCACAAUGCCUUCGAUACUCUUAGAAGACAAACAAUGUUAUAGUGUUCGUUUUUCUCCAAAUAAUGAUUCUCUUUUAGCAGUCGCUACUUGUGAAUGUUAUGGUGUUGUAGGGGGAGGCACUUUGUUUUUACUAGAAAUCACUCCAACAGAUACUCUAAAAGAAAUUCUUAAGUUUCAAUAUAAGUCUAGUUUGUUUGAUGUGGAAUGGUGUGAUUGCAACCCCAAUCCAGCCCUUGUUUUGACAGCUGGUGGUGAUGGUUCCUUACAACUUUGGAAUGUAUUCGCCCCAAAGCGAAAUCCUAUUCUUCUCACAGGUCACACUUGUGAAGUUCGCACUGUAAAUUGGUCAAGAAUAUUAAAUAAAGUCUUGAGUGGUUCAGGUGAUUGUACAGUUCGAUUAUGGGAUCUCAGUAGACACCAUACAUUGCAGACGUUUCAAGGUUUUGGAGAUGUAGUUUAUCAAGUAGAAUUCCAUCCAAAACUCCCUGAUAUUUUCUCUUCAGUAGAUGGCGAAGGUUUUUUAAAAAUAUGGGAUAUACGCUCAAACCCAACUCCUGUUUGCCAAAUCCCAGCUCAUAUCUCUUAUACUCCUUCAUGUACUUGGUCUUAUUAUGAAGAUAAUACUAUUGCAACUGGUGGUGGUGAUGGUUUCAUUAGAGGUUGGGAUACAAGGAACUCUACAAGUCCAUUCUUUGAAUUAGGACCAGUUUAUGCUCCUUUAAAAAAAAUUAUGUAUUCGCCUUUUAGUUAUGGUUUACUAGCUUCAACUAGUGAUGAUGGUAAUACUAGGGUUUGGAAUUGUUUUGACACUCAUAAACCGGUAGAUAUUAGGUGUAACCACGCUUACCCAUGUGGAUUAGACUGGAACACUGCAACAACAACUGCUCAUCUAGGACAGCUUGUAGAUUGUGGAUGGAAUGGCAAUGUAUGUAUUUAUUAUCCCAAGACCAAACUGGAAGUUAAGAAAUAAUGUUUAUAUUAAUUCUGAAAAGAGGAUAUUCGACAACAUAUUUUGAGACUAAAUACUUGAUAUUUAUCACUUUAUAUACCCUAGAAGAAAAUCCAUUAUUGAAUCUUUGUGUUUUAUACCUUUUAUCUUUGUCACUGUCUUUACAAAUUUCUUUUCAUAUUUUGUUAUAUUUUUUUGUUAUUAUAUUUUAUUACUCUU